AUGGUCGCCGAGGUCGCCGGUGCUGGUUGCGCGGCGGCCCGCAACCGACGCGACGAGGAGUGGCGCGCCAGGCCUGGCGACGCCGCCGUGGGCGAGGGCCGGAGCGAGAGCGGCACGAGCACGCCAGCGCCCGUGGCGAGCGAGAGCCGCAGCGAGGCGAGCAACGCUGCGCCGCCAGAGCCGCAGGAGGACCUCAGAUCCGCGCUCGUGGGGCUCGCCGACGCCGAGCUGAAGGAGAUGGGCCGGCGCCUGGCGCAGAGCCGCGUCGGGCUGGAGGAGGCGCUCGAGGUCGAGCUCGACGAGGGGCGGGCUCUCAAGGACGAGAAUGACUACCUGAAGCAGACGAUCGACUUCAUGUUCUCCGAGCUGGGGAAGCUGAACAUCAAGGGCACGAACCUGACGGACCCCCAGCUCGCGGAAGGCCCGCUGGACUUCGUCGGGCGCUACUGGGAGAAGGUGCGGCCCCGGAACAAUACCGUCGUCGUGAGCGAGCACGUCGGCGAGAUCGACCACACAAAGAAGCCCCAGGCGGGCCAAAGAUCAGAGCGGAGGAAGGAGGGGCAGCCUUCCUUGUAA